GUCGAGAGGAACAUCCGCCUGUUUGUAUCUUCUGACGCUAUUUUACAGGGAAACGAGAGUCUAGCUCAGCAUUUUAAUGUCAUAAUGGGGGCUUGUCUGGCCUUGUGCUCUUUAGCCAGCUGUGCCUCCUGUCUGUGUGGCUCAGCACCAUGCCUUCUGUGUGGCUGCUGUCCGUCCUCCAAUAACUCCACAGUCACACGGCUGAUUUUCUCCUUCUUUUUGCUGCUGGGGACCAUGGUGUCUGUCAUCAUGAUCCUUCCCGGAAUGGAGACACAGCUCCGCAAAAUCCCAGGAUUUUGCCAGGGAGGAACUACUAUACCUGGUAUUGAAAACCAUGUCAACUGUGAUGUCAUUGUGGGCUACAAGUCUGUGUACCGUAUGUGCUUCGCCAUGACCUGCUUCUUCUUUAUGUUCUCCGCCAUCAUGAUACGUGUCCGUACCAGCAAAGAUCCACGUGCAGCUAUUCAGAACGGGUUCUGGUUCUUUAAGUUUCUGAUCCUUAUUGGGAUAACAGUGGGAGCCUUUUUCAUCCCUGAUGGAACAUUUCAUACUGUGUGGUUUUACUUUGGUGUGGUGGGAUCCUUCAUCUUCAUUCUAAUCCAACUUAUUCUCCUCAUCGACUUUGCUCAUUCCUGGAACAAGGUGUGGGUAGAAAAUGCUGAAAACAGUGACAACAAAUGCUGGUUUGCAGGCUUGCUGUCUUUCACCGUCCUCCACUACGCCCUGGCUAUCACUGCUGUGGUUCUGUUUUACAUUUACUACACGCAGCCUGAUGGCUGCACAGAGCACAAAGUCUUCAUCAGCCUCAACCUGAUCUUCUGUGUCAUCAUCUCCAUUGUCUCCAUCCUACCCAAGAUACAGGAAGCCCAGCCACACUCCGGCUUACUGCAGGCUUCACUCAUCUCUCUCUACACCAUGUACGUCACUUGGUCUGCAAUGACCAACAAUCCAAAUCGAAAGUGUAACCCCAGCCUGUUGAGUCUCGUGUCGAAUGUCAGCACCACUGAACCAUCUGGUGACAGCACUCCAGGACAGGUGCAGUGGUGGGAUGCUCAGGGCAUUGUUGGUUUGAUCAUCUUCCUCUUCUGCACUCUCUAUGCUAGUAUCCGUUCAUCCAGUAACACCCAGGUCAACAAGCUAAUGCAAACAGAGGAGGGCGGAGGGUCAAGUGGAGAGGGUGUGGUGGGAGAGGACGGCAUACGCAGGGCUGUGGACAAUGAAGAGGAGGGAGUCACUUACAGCUACUCAUUUUUCCACUUCCACCUCUGUCUGGCCUCCCUGUACAUCAUGAUGACUCUCACCAACUGGUACCAACCAGACACCACCACCCAGGCCAUGCAGAGCAGUAUGCCAGCUGUGUGGGUGAAGAUGAGCUCCAGCUGGCUGGGCCUCGGGCUCUACCUCUGGACCCUCAUCGCCCCUUUCAUCUUCCCUGACAGGGAUUUCAGCUGAGUCUCCUCCUUGUCUUUUAGCUAUAUUUGUUUUUUGUUUUCUUGCCUAGUGUAUUAGGUAGUGUGAAGGAUACGAUAAAGGAAAUAAGAAGGGUAUUAUAAAGGAAAUACAUUUCAUUUCUUUUUAUUCUUUUUUUCAAAUAAUUGUCUCUGCUGUUGUUGUGAUUCUGUUGUUUUACUCCUCUCAAUAUAAUGAUUGAAUGUAAGAAUCACUACAGGUGUUGAAAGGACCAGUGUGUAGGAUAUAGUGGCAUCUAGUGAUGAGGUUGCAGAUUGCAACCAACUGAGUACACCACCAC